CUGGACCCGCGGAGGCCGCACCUCUUUGGGCGGUGCCAGCUGCUCCAGCUGCUCCGGGCGGAGCACCAGAGCCAGAGCGGUGGCUGUCGCGGGCGCCGAGGAGCGGCGGACCGCCGGUGCCAGCUGCCGGGCCGCGGGGGACUGCCCGCGGGGAGACGGGGAGCCCGAGAGUGGCAGCGGGAGCACCGGCUGCGAGGAGGCGAGAAGCGGGGCUAGGCUGUCUUCUCCCUGGUAUCUUCUCAUCCGAUUACUCUUGUUCCUGAAAUCUGAGUAUUCCAUCAAGAUAAUGAUAAGUUUCAGUGAUUUGGGGCCAUAUCCAACUUAACCCAAUGUAGGCUUUCCAGACAUCUCAGGAGCUAGGUCUAAUAGUAUACACUGCUUGGUGAUUGGCCAUAAUGCCAUCUCUGCCUCAAGAAACAGUUAUCCAGGGAUCCUCUCCCUUGGAUCUGAAUACAGAAUUGCCUUAUCAAGACAAGACAAAAGGGAAAGUCAGAAAGAAGAAAAAGAAGGGAACCAUCACAGCAAAUGUUGCUGGGACAAAAUUCGAAAUUGUUCGUUUAGUAAUAGAUGAGAUGGGAUUUAUAAAGGCUCCAGAUGAGGACGAAACAAGUAACCUUAUAUGGUGUGAUGCUGCAGUUCAGCAGGAGAAGAUAGCAGAAUUACAAAAUUAUCAGAGGAUCAACCAUUUUCCAGGAAUGGGAGAGAUCUGUAGAAAGGAUUUCUUAGCAAGAAAUAUGACCAAAAUGAUCAAGUCCCAGCCGCUGGAUUAUACCUUUAUUCCUCGAACCUGGAUCUUUCCUGCAGAAUAUACACAAUUUCAGAACUAUGUGAAGGAAUUGAAGAAAAAACGAAAGCAGAAAACUUUUAUAGUUAAACCAGCUAAUGGUGCGAUGGGUCAUGGGAUUUCUUUGAUAAGAAAUGGUGACAAGCUUCCAUCUCAGGACCACUUGAUUGUUCAAGAAUACAUUGAAAAGCCAUUUUUAAUGGAAGGCUACAAGUUUGAUUUAAGAGUUUAUAUUUUGGUAACAUCAUGCGAUCCACUAAAAAUAUUUCUUUACCAUGAUGGACUUGUGCGAAUGGGAACUGAAAAGUAUAUUCCACCUAAUGAGUCUAAUUUGACCCAGUUAUACAUGCAUUUGACAAACUACUCUGUGAACAAGCACAAUGAGCAUUUUGAAAGAGAUGAAACUGAAAACAAAGGAAGCAAACGUUCCAUCAAAUGGUUUACAGAAUUCCUAGAAGCAAACGAACAUGAUGUGGCUAAGUUUUGGAGUGAUAUAUCUGAAUUGGUGGUAAAGACUCUGAUUGUAGCAGAACCUCAUGUUCUACACGCAUAUCGAAUGUGCCGACCUGGUCAGCCUCCAGGAAGUGAAAGUGUCUGCUUUGAAGUCCUGGGAUUUGACAUUUUGUUGGAUAGAAAACUAAAGCCCUGGCUUCUGGAGAUCAAUCGUGCCCCAAGCUUUGGAACUGAUCAGAAAAUAGACUAUGAUGUCAAAAGGGGAGUCCUGCUGAAUGCUCUGAAGCUAUUAAACAUCAGGACCAGUGAUAAAAGGAAAAACUUGGCCAAACAAAAAGCAGAAGCUCAAAAGAGGCUGUAUGGUAAAAAUUCAGUGAGAAAGCUCCUACCAGGUUCCUCAGAUUGGGAACAACAGAGACACCAGUUGGAAAGAAGGAAAGAAGAGUUGAAAGAAAGACUUGCUCAAGUACGAAAGCAGGUCUCAAAAGAAGAACAUGAAAAUCGACAUAUGGGGAAUUAUAGACGAAUUUAUCCUCCUGAAGAUAAAACACUGCUUGCAAAGUAUGAAAAUUUGCUGGCUGUUGCCUUUCAGACCUUCCUUUCAGGAAGAGCGUCUUCAUUCCAGCGGGAGAUGAAUAAUCCUUUGAAAAGGAUGAAGGAGGAAGAUAUUUUGGAUCUUUUGGAGCAAUGUGAAAUUGAUGAUGAAAAGUUGAUGGGCAAAACCCCCAAGCCUCGAGGACCAAAGCCUCUAAGUUCCAUGCCUGAGAGUUCCGAUACACUGAAAAAACCGAAGUGUUACAGCAGUGAGAGCAGUUGUAAUAGUAGCUGCAGCUCCUCAGAAUCCGACGAACAAGAAGAGUACCAAAGUCAGAAGAGAGAAAAUCAACUUGCAUAUAAGCAGCCAGACCAUUCCAAAUUUAUCCAGCAAUCCGGCUCCAUGAAGCGUUCAGUUAGCUGCCCUCGUUCCAUCUCUGCUCAGUUCCCUAGCAGUACUGACCACCGUCCCUUAUCUGCUCAAGUGAUGCCAGUAUGCCAGUCAACCUUAGGGUGUCGGUCACAUUCUUUAAACCGUUCAAACUCUAGUGGAAGGCAUUUGUUCCAGAAUAAUAAUGCCCACUCCAGCUCUCAUAUGAGUGAGUCUUUGCGGCAACCAAGAACCAAAGAACAGGAAGAUCAUCUUAUGAGUCAGACCUUGUUUAUUCUUAAGGACAUGAAGAUCCGGUUUCCAGGAAAGUCAGAAGCAGAAUCAGAACAUCUGAUAGGAAAUAUCAUGGAUAACUGGAAAUACCAUAAGUCGAAGGUGGCAUCAUAUUGGCUCAUAAAAUUGGAUUCCGGAAAACAGCGAAAAAUUUUGGACAUAGUAAAAACAAGUGUUCGUUCGGUUCUUUCGCACAUCUGGAAAGUACCUGAUGUUGAGGAAAUAAAUUUGUAUCAGAUUUUCAAGCGAAUUUUUAGUCGCUUGCUCUGGAAUCGUGGCCAAGGACUGUGGAACUGUUUCUGUGAUUCAGGAUCAUCGUGGGAGAAUAUUUUCAAUAAAAGUCAAGAAGUGGUGACUCCUUUGCAGCUUCAGUGUUGCCAGCGUCUGGUGGAGCUUUGUAAACAGUGCCUGCUAGUGGUUUACAAGUAUGCAACUGAAACCCGAGGCUCAGUCUCUGGCACUGGUCCGGACUGGGGUAAUUCCAGGUAUUUGCUACCAGGAAGUUCACAGUUCUUCAUGAGAACACCAACCUACAAUUUUAAAUACAAUUCACCUGGAAUGACUCGCUCCAGUGUUUUGUUUACAUCCUGAUAUGACCAUUUGUAUAACAGAUGGAGAGAUCAUAUGGGUUAUACAUAUUAUCAAUUUAUCCCCCUAAUUUUAACAUGCAAAGUGGCCAUUAAGUGCUAUUUUAUGUAUAUAUGACAUAGAUAUGUGUGAAAUAGUACACACAAAUACUCAUAAUGAUAUAUAUUUAUUAGAAUAUGUGAAAUAAUUA